AUGUGUAUGAGGCGCGGAGUCAGACCAGCCUUCUGUCCAGAGUUAAAAAAAGAUGAUCAACCAUUAACUGAUAAUGAUCGAGUAUAUGUUCAAGAAUAUGAUGAUCAUAUUGUUGUUACAAUGUCUAAGGUUGCCCGAGAUGAUGCUGAUAAAUAUGCAAUUAAUGUUGCAAAUGAUUCAGGUUCAUGUAAUAUACCAUUAAAAGUUAGUUAUUGUCCUCUUGAAAUAUCCAAUGUAUCCAAAGAUUGUGCAAGACUUUCAUGGAAACCACCAAAAGAUGAGGGUGGUAGUAAACUCAUAGGUUAUAUUGUUGAAAGACGUGAUACAGCAAAAGGACCUGAUGCUUACGAGGGAACAUCCCCAACUGUGAGUCUCCGUUUUGAAUCUGGUAUUUGCCAUUUUAUAGAGCUCAGUGAGUACAACAUGUGA